UUUUCAUACAACCGUUUUGGCGUCAUGUAUAUAUGAUUAUUUUACGUUACUUUGCGCGGGCAAUUUAUUAAAAUAUAAAUAUUUGUAAAUUAACGAAAAAUAAAAAAAAAGGAGUUUUGCAAUAUCGUAGUUAUUAUGUAGCAUUGCUUAAUAAAAACAAAUGCUUUUAUAAAAUAGUUUAUGCACAGUGAGUAUAUAUUACAGGUAUAUAUAUACAUUCGCACAUGUUCAUUUUUGUAAACAAUAUAUCAAAUAUAUUUUUUUUCAAUAUUGUAAUUUUAGUGUAAGUAGAAAAAAACAUAAAAUGGAUGAUGAUGAUGAUGAAAUGAUGGAUCAAGAUCAGGAUAGUUGUGAGAUGCAGGAACGUCAGCCAGUACAGUAUCAGUAUGGUGACCUUUUACCCAAAUUGGGUCGACGACCCGGAGCAAAACCAGCUAAAAGUUCUGCUCAACGUCAACGAGAGUACAGGCAACGAAAAAAAGAGCGUGAGAAAUUUGGAGUAAAGAAAAAUUGCCUGCCAGAUAAUGAAAUAAAUAUUGAUAUCGAUAAAAAUACUAAAAAAAUAAGUACUCCGAUCAAAAGUUUUCAAAGUUUUAUUACUGAUGAAAACUUGAUCUCAAAUAAAAAAAAAAUUUAUGAUGAAACUUCAAACCCACUAAGUCAAAUAAAAAUAAUAAAUGUCGAAUCAUUGAGUGAAAAAAAAAAUUGUUGGAUGGAAAAUGACAGCAGCAUUAAUACUUAUGAUACAGAGCGACCACCUUUAAUUAGAGUAAAAAGCGAAUUCAGUGAGAAGAAGAUGAUUGAAAGAAAAUUUACAAUUGAUGAAGAUCAAAAAACUGAUAAUCAGCCUAAAAUAUUAUCAACUGAUACCAUCUCUGUCAAUAACAUUCCGAAAAAGUAUCUUCCUAUUGUUUUGCUCCACAGAAUUGUGGUACCUAAAAAAAGUCUUGAUUCUCCUGCAGUAGUUAUCAAGACAGAAAAGGAUGAGCUCAAGAACUUUUCAAUUAAAACUGAAUAUGAUGAAUCAACAACUACAGAAGAGCCGGUACAGACGUCAAAAAACAGUAAUUUCCAUGGUCCAACGGCUUACAAAUGUAAUAAAUGUAACUAUACAUUUGAUGAAUCAUCUCAUUUAAUACAACAUAAAAUAAAGUAUCACAAUGGACGGCCUUACAGUUGUCAUCUUUGUUCUUUUACUAGUGUAUCAAGCAGAGGUCUGAAGCAUCACAUCAAUUAUCACAGCAAAAAAGUUCAUAAGUGCCAUUUUUGUAAAUAUGCGACUACCAGACCCGUACUUCUGAAGGAACACAUGAGUAAGCAUACUGGUGAAACUCCAUACAAGUGUCCUCACUGUCCGUUUUCUACUGCCUACCACAGGAGUCUUAAAUCUCACCAACAUACACAUGCUGACAAGCCGGGAUAUUCUUGCAGUACUUGCUCAGUGAGUUUCUAUCAUCCGCAAAAUUUGAAACGGCACAUCGUGACGCAUAUUAGAAACAGAGUAUUCGAAUGCGAUUAUUGUAAGAAAGUAUUUUUUCGCAAAUGUCAUCUCAAAAAUCAUAUACUUGGACACAUGAACAUCAGACAAUUUCAAUGUGAAAUUUGUCAGGUUAAAUUCUUACAAUUGUAUCACUUGCAACGUCACAGUCGUACGCAUUUCAGGGAAAAAUUGUAUCCGUGUGAUAUCUGUCCGGAAAAAUUUGACCGGCUGUACAGUUUAAAGCAACACAUUUUCAGUGCACACACUGAUAAAAAAUAUCAGUACUCAUGUGAUAUCUGUGACUUGAAAUUUAUUCGCUCGGAUUAUUUCAAACAACACAAUGCUAUUUAUCAUGCAGGUCCACGAGAUAUCGGUAAAUACAGACGUUAUUACAGAUGCAAAUUUUGUCAAUACCUAACGACGUCAUCGAUUUUCUUCAACGAACACUUCAAGAAACACACGGAUCGUAACUUAUUAAUUUGUAAUGAGUGUGGCAAAUCGUUUGAACAAAAGAAAAAGUUGAGUGUACAUUUGCACCACCACAAAAAAUCAUCCCAAAAUUCGUAGCAGUAAUUAUACUAUAAAAAUAUUAAUAAAUUUUAUAAAAAUAUAACUAGUACUAUUUUUUUUUUGUUUUUGUUAUGAUAAUUAUUGAUGUUAACACAUGAGAUCUAUUUUGAGAUACAAAGAUGCUAUAUUUUAAUAAUAAUGUGGUAAAUUUUUUGUAACGAAUUGUAAAUGAAACAUU